UUUGUACUCGUGACUUCCGGUGCUUGUAAUACUUUCACUUUGACUUUAAUCAACACUUACGACAAAACACUACUUACUAGUGGUUAGUAGGUAAAAGAGGUUGACUUUUUCCGGUGAUAUUCCUGUGUUAAAUUGGCUAUUGGUUGGAAUUUUUGUAAAAGAAAUAUAAUGGAAUUUUUUGGAAUUAAAAUAUAUCGCUUUAGUAGGAUAUUUUAAUAGUUUGGACAAAUGUUUUCUUUUUUGCAUACCUGUCCUCCCCUGGCGUCAUAAAUUGUAUUACGACAUGGUUUUGUGGAAUGUAUCGAAGGGUUAUUCCCUUUCCCGAAAUAACGAUGUUUUUCUUGGUAAAAUUGCAGAGCCUCAUGUGUUUAGAUAAAACAGCAAACACAGAAAGGUAACAAAAAUGAAAUAUGAUGCUUGAUUAACAUGGCAGAUCAAAGGAAUAGACCAGUACCUAAGCAAAGAUCAGCACAUCUUGGAGCAACAGGAAGUGGGGAUUUCUCAACUUUAGAUCUAUAUGGCAGUGGCCAAGAUGUUCAGAGAACCCCCAGAAUACCACCAGAUUUCUCCUCAGGCCAGAGUGGAUUGCCAAGUUGUGUGCAACUAAAGAAAAUCAAUGUAUCAGCUGAGCAAAAAAGCAAAGAUGGUACACUCCCUCAAUUGCUGUUUUUCCUGGAUGAAGCAUGCAAGAAAUAUUCAAAUGAUGAGGAUAAAUCAAAACUUGCAAACCUGUGUAUACAAGCUGCAUCUUCACCAAACAGAAAAUAUAGAUUACUGGAAUAUUUUCAGCUGCUGGAGGAUAACAAGGAUGACAUUGACCUACUUCCUGCGGCUCUUUCAAUCUUAGAGAAGUAUGCUGUCAAUUUGUUACGAGAAGACAAACCUCCCCAAUGGAAAGUGCUCAAAUAUAACAUAAGCAUCAUUCAGAACAUGGUCCUUCCAGUCAAUGGAGCUCUAAAUGUUCUGAAAAAAAUGGGCUACACUCAGGAAACAGAAAAUGCUCUAUCAUUUCCCCCUGAUGUUGAUGAACCAAACAUCCAAACUAUAUUAGUCCUUACAGCUGACCUUUGUGUGGCUCGCCAUGAAACUGAUGCUUUAAUGAAAAAUAAUCAUCCAUUUCUGAUUUUUGACAAAUCUGGUACAGCUUGCCAAGGAGAGGCUCUCUUUAAUGCUGGAUACUGCGGUGUUUGCAGUGAGCAGAAUCUUGCUAGGAACUGUGAGGAAUGUGAUAUGCAAUUUUGUCUGCAGUGUGAUGAAAGAUGGCAUUGUCAUAAAUUAAGAAGAGAUCAUAUCAGAACCCCACUUCCUCCAACAAGAAAUAAAACUAUAGAGGAAAAGAGAUUCCGACCUGUUCCAGUUCCACGACAACGCAAAGGCCAAAAGAUGGAAGAUCAAAGCCUACUCCAAGGUGUUCGUAAUGAAGGAAAUAAUCCUGCAGAAUCAUAUAAUUAUUCUGUUGGCUGGGGAAGCAAGCACACUCCGCAAAGGUCACCUGGCAAUAUAACAUCGACCAGCAACAUGGCAUCACCAACUAUGGCACCUGGCAACAUGAUGUCACCAACUAUGUCACCUGGCAACAUGAUGUCACCAACUAUGUCACCUGGCAACAUGAUGUCACCAACUAUGUCACCUGGCAACAUGACGUCAUCAACUAUGUCACCUGGCAACAUGAUGUCACCAAGGAUGUCACCUGGCAACAUGAUGUCACCAACUAUGUCACCUGGCAACAUGAUGUCACCAACUAUGUCACCUGGCAACAUGACGUCACCAAGGAUGUCACCUGGCAACAUGAUGUCACCAACUAUGUCAUCUGGCAACAUGACAUCAUCAACUAUGUCACCUGGCAACAUGACGUCACCAAGGAUGUCAUCUGGUAACCAGGGUAUCAAUCUUAAUCCUUCACAACAAAGAUUGAGUGAUAAAUAUGGAGCUUUUGCACCAGGAAAUCCACAUUCUGUGUAUAACCAAGGUUUUAACCAACCAGGAAGUGAGCCUCGUGAUUACAACCAAUCAGAAAACAUGGAUCAAAACGAAGCAAAGACUCUUCGUCGGGUCCUGUCAUGUCCUAAUUGUUCAUUUUUGUUUCAUAAUGAAUAUGAAAAACGAUGUCCAAGUUGUAAAGUGCAACUUGAUACGUUGCUUGGUGAUAGUGAAAAACAAGUAUUGCUGAAAGAUUUAGCCAAGUCAAGUGAACUAGCGACAAGAACUCUGCCUGAUCCCCCACGAGCUCCAGGUUUGGCAACACGUGUAAAUGAAGCUAAUGAAGAAAUGUAUGAAGAUAUUGAUGAGAUGCUUGAGUGGGUUUGUGAACAUUGUACCUGCAGAAAUCCUCUUUCAACAAAGGUGUGUCAAGUUUGUUGUAAAACACCAGCUGAUCUUAAGAAGUUCCCUAAUCUUGUUGAGAAGUCAACACCACCACAAUCAAAGCCAGCCCCACCCUCGUAUCCACCAGCAAAACAAAUGACUCCACCUGCGGCAUAUGGUUCACAAACAAACCCGGGAAGACAGCAAGAUCACAGAGCUGUCUACAUGACUCCAAAAGAUCAUCCGCUUGAUGGAGGCGUCUUCGUAUCGAGAAAUGACAGCAAUGCCCCCCCUUUACCGGCAAAGAAACAACCCAGUGAUGACUCUGCUCCCGGGGGGAGAGUGCGCGAUGCUCAAAAAAACCGAGAACAGGAAAUAUCAGAAAAAAAGAAAGCGGCUGCAUUUGAUGAGGAGAAACAAGAAUUCCACAGGCAAGGAUUGAUAAGUGAAAAGGAGACGUUAACUAUUGACAGUCAAGAUCAGUUGCAUAGGAUAGUUGAAGAAAGAAAACGGUCGGGAUAUUAUGGCCAGGCUGAAUAUCCUAGAACAAGUGCUGCUGACGAUCUCAAUGAUGAACAGUUGAGGCAAUUAAUGCAGUCAGGAGUUCUCACUGAACAAGAUCUUAUUAAUAAUGGCCUGGUGAACAAGACGAAGGUUGUACCGAGUAAUUCCCGUGAUACAAUGACGAGACAGAACCAAUUUAGUAACCCUUUAUAUGAAAAUCCCAGAGCAAAUGAAAGAUUUUAUGAACACGAAAAUGACCUGUCCUUGAGUGAAGAUCAACUUCAAAAACUGCUCAGAGAGGGGGGAUUUCUCGAGGAAAGUCACCACCCAGGCAUUUACCAGGACCCAACCAAAAUUGUAAUCCAAGGAACCAUCCACCUCAGCAGUUCAAUCAAGCUCGUCCUGGAAGCGCGCUCUCUGAUGAAGAACGAAAUCUUCUGGCUCAAGCAGGUGUAUCAUCAUCCCCCCCGGAACAAAUAUACAAUGUUCCAAGGCAUGAACCCCCCGGUUAUAAUCCUGAUGAUAUUCCAAAUGAUGGCGGAGUUUCAUCUGCUCAGUGACCAAGGAACAAAAGGACAAAAUUACGAUCGUUUCAAGAAUAAAACCUUCCAAAAUUAUAAUGUCAUACGAGACGCGCCAGUGGUACACGGACUCUAUGAUAAGCGGUCGUCAAAGGGAAUGUAUAGCAUGCCUGUCAAAAGUGGAUCAAAAGACAAUUUCUCCAGUUAUCUUAAUUCUCAGACACCGUUGGAAACUAUUUCAAGUAGAAAUAUUGAUGAACAAAGCAAACUUUACGUCGAGUGGAUAAAGGAAGCAGAGAAACAUGGCUUCACUCCAGAAGAGUUGAAUCUUGCAAACCACCUUAACUGGCAAGAUCCCAAAAAACGUAAUCCCGUACAAUGGUUGAAAGAUGAGUGGUCAGAUCGGGUCGCUGAGGUUAUUGGUAAAGUAACUGAACGGACAAGUAAUGAAAAUGAUUGUAUUGGUAAUCUCAGCACAGACGAAGCGAAGCAAGCAUUGUUAGAGAAUCAUGGCAGUGUUGAAAGUGCAUGUAAAUCAUGUAUUGAAUCACGAAGAGAAAAACUUGCCAAAAUGGGGCAAACUUCUUUUUUCACUCGAGUUGAUUGCUUGAACGCCUUGGACAGAAACGACGGAAAUUUAGAGAAAGCUUUGCUUGAGCUUGAAAACCAAGCUUUAGAACCGAUCAGACAACGAGUUCUUCGUCUUCAAGAUUUGGGAAGGCGAAAUUCCAGGCUAAGUGAAGCCUGUGAGAAAAUUAUUAGAAAUAAAAAUGUCAGUUUUGAGCGUCGUGUACGAAUCGUUUAUACGGAGAAAAACAUGAAGUCCUGGGGAAGAGCUGAGACGGCUGUAAGACUAGUGGAUUUUGGAGAUUACGAUGUUGAAGAUUGUAUCGAGGCUGCUGAAGCUUCUGGUGAUAUGGAGCGAUCUCUUGCUUAUUUACAACAAGAUUGUCCAAUAUGUGUUGAACAGAAACCAAUGGGUCAGAUGAUAACAUUUCUCAACUGUCAGGACAAAAUCUGCAAAGAUUGUGUGACUGAAUACUUGAAGGGUCUUAUCAAAGAAAAGCAGAUUCAUCAAAUCACUUGUCCUGUCUGCAGUUUACCAGACCUCAGUGACGAAGCUACGGCGGCGGAUUAUUUCAACAAUCUCGAUAUUAUGAUUCGACAGCUUGUGGAUCCUGAAACACACGAUAUCUUUCAAAAGAAGCUUCGCGAUCGAGCCUUAAGAAAAGAAGAGAACUUCAGAUGGUGUGCACAUUGUUCUUACGGAUUCAUCAACGAGUUGCCAAACGUAAACAAAAUGCAGUGUCCAAACUGUCAACAAUACACAUGCUUCACGUGCAAAAAACAGUGGGAGGACCAACAUGAGGGAAUCACUUGUCAAGAGUUUGCUCGAUGGAAAGAAGAAAACGAUGAGGAAUAUCAAAUGGCAGGCCUUGCUGGUCAUCUUGCACGAAAUGGCAUCGAUUGUCCAGGUUGUAAAUUUCGUUAUGAUCUUGCGAGAGGUGGUUGUAUGCAUUUCAAGUGUAAUCAAUGUGGACACGAGUUUUGUAGUGGCUGCUAUAAUCCCUUUAAACGCGAGAGAUGUACUGUAAUACCAAACUGUACAGUAAAAGGUAUGCAUGCUCAUCAUCCGCGCUCCUGUCUGUUUUAUCUGAGGGACUGGGAAAUACAGACAUUGCAGGAGCUCUUGCAAGAAAAUGGAGUGGAUUAUAAGGCCGAAGCAAGACGAUUAAAUGUGCAAGAUGGUGAUGAGAACGCUGGCGCAGUGGAGGCAGCUCAAAUAUGUAAUGUUAUGCUGCAAUUGGAGACUGGAGAAGACCAUCCAUGUGAACGUCUUUGUCAACCUGAUCAUGAUGGCUUAUGCGAAAAACACUACAAGGAGUAUUUGGUGGAUUUGAUCAAUAAAAAUGGAGUUGAUCCUGUAGACAAAAUGGAUGCUCGUGAAUUGGAGGCAAUAUUUCGCAGAGCUGGUGUCGUUGUCGAGGCUCAACAGCAAGGUGAAGCUGAUGAAAAUUACCAACAACGACUUCUUCAGGGGAUAAAACAACGUAUACCUCUACCUGGAGCCCCCGUAUUGCCUUAUCCAGCACCAGAAGCCCAGGGGGGAGAUGAUGAGGAAUGAUGUUCUCUUUAACAGUUGUGGUGAUAUUUACAAUCACUUAUAUAACACACAUCGUAUAAAAUCCGUCGUUUUCAAUAUCAGGCAGGCUAAAUGCACUCUGGACAAAUAAGACAAGUGCUUCACAUGCUUUGGAAACGUACGAAAUAGUGGCACAAAAUAAUAUCGAUUUUUGUUUAUUUUACUGAUUCAGUCAACUAUGUUAAUGUCUUAGAAACAAUUAAUACAUGCUUGGAUCAAUUUUCUACCUUAAAAGUUGCCUUUAAAUCAUAGACUUUCAUAUUAAUGGGUAAAUGGAUAACAUUUAUGUGCUUGAAUUUAACCUGAAACACUGUAUUGUAAUGUGUUCUUGCUGUUAUGUUGUUUGUUAAAAAAGUUAAUAUUCUUGUCAUAAUUCUGUAAUUUAACAACUUACAAAGUUGGAACAAUUUUGCAAGUCUUAAACAAUUUAUUUUAAACCAAUCUUGUGAACUGAUGCGAAUUUAAAAAC